AAAGGCCAUGGCCCAACCACCCCGCGUUUCCAGCCCUGUCCUCCGCGAGCCAUCCCCUCUCUUCACGGGUAGGGGUGGGCAGACGGGUGGUUCCUCUGGUCGGCGCUCCACCUGCACUUUGCUGCCCACAGAGCGCUCGUCUCGUAAACACGGUCCUCGGGGACGCUACGGGACCUGCGAGAGGCCUGCAAGCCGAGCAAGGAACCGCUUAGUAGUGCCACCCACGAAUAUCGCAAGCGCAGCGCCCCAAAAGGCGCCGCCGAGGAGCAAAGAAAGAGCCUGAGAGCAGCAGCACCUAAAAUACAUUCGUGCGAACGCCGGCUACGUCGCACGGCCCUUCGGACUUGCCAGCGGCGCGCCAUCGACGCGACAGAUCUCCAGCAAGAGAAAACCAUGGCUACCGGCUGGUACGGCCGCUCCGUCGCCGCCGCGUCGUUGACGCGCCUCCCGCGCGGCAUCUGCUGCGGCGUCUGCGGGCUGACGGAGCCGACGCCGGACUCUACUGAAGACGGCCCGGCCGACACGGCGGCCGCCUGGGCGACGAUGACGCGCCACGUCCUCGAGACGCACUGCACGCCGUGCUGCGUGUGCGGCGAGGCGGCGGGCGGUUUGAUAGAGCUGCGGACCGGGACGCUCGCGCCCUGGGUCCGCCGGUCGCGGGCGCCCUCGGCCCUGCACGCCCUGCGGGCGCGCCGCCGGACGCAGCAGCGCGACCGCGACCGCCUCGAGCGGGCGCAGGCGGCGCCCGCGCCGCCGCGCGCCCGCGCCGUCGGCGCGACGCGCGGCGGAGUCUCGCUCCGCCGCGUCCCCACGCGCGCGACGCCGGCGCCGGGCCUCGCGGUUUCGAGCUCGGCGACGCCGUUCGCGGGCAUGUCGCCCCUCGCGGCGGCGCGGGCGAGGCGCGAGGCGGCGGUGGCGGGCGCGCCCGCGCCCCGCCUGCGCGACCGCCUGCGCGCCCAGUACGCCGCCGAGCGCGACGUCGUCGACCUCACGGCGCCGCACCCCGCCGAGCUCGCGGGCCUCGCGGUGCUCGAGCGGGGCCCUCCGCCGCGGCGCGCGCGCCGGGACGCGGCCGUCUACUACGACCUGACGGCGCAGCGGCCCGCGUCCGCGGUGCCGCGCGCGCGGACGCAGUGCGCGCACUGCGCCUGCGAGCGCUGCGCCCGGGAGACGGCGACGCGCGCGCUGAACAGCGACGACGGCCGGGUCGCGUGCCCCGCCGAGGGGUGCCAGGCCUCGCUGUCGCUCGAGACGCUCGCGGCGCUGCUGCCUCCCGAGGAGAACCAGGCCGCGCGGAACCGGCCGGCCUUCGACUGCGUCGCCUGCGGCGAACGCGUCGCGCGCCGCGACACGAUCGCGCUGCACCGCCAGCUGCCGUACCACCACGCGCUUGCGCUCGCGCCGCCGCCGCCCCCGGCCAACGUCGGCGGCCAGGCGUCGGCGUGCGACAUGUGCGCGCCCUGCGCGGCGCGGUGGCUCGAGAUCCAGGCGCGCGAUGGGGCCAUCUACACGCGGUGCCCGACGCCGGGCUGCAAGACGCCGCUGCCCCGCGAGGCGCUGGAGCUGUUGCUCGAGCCGGAGGCCUACCAGGCCCAUUUAGCGCGCGCGCGGCGCUCCUACGAGCAGCGGCUGCGGGACCUGCAGGCGCGGACGGCGGCGGGUUCAAAUGACGACGACGACGGCACGGCGGCGUUCCUGGCCUGGGCCGGCGACUCGACGCGGGCGUGCCCCGAGUGCCACGUCCUCAUCUACCGCUCGGAGGGCUGCGCGCACAUGUCGUGCGCGUGCGGCGCCGAGUUCAACUGGGACAGCGCCGAACGCGUCGGCGGCAGCUCCGCUGCGCCGCCGCCGACGGCGCCGGGCGCGCGGCGCGCCGUGGGCGCCGAGGACAUCGCGGCCCUGCUGCCGCCGGCCUUCCCUGACACGUUGGCUGGCGUCGGCCUCCUGCCGGGCGGGUCCGCGCGGCGCCGGCCGGCGCAGCUCGGCGGCGCGACAGUGUCGGCCCUCGACCUCGAGCUCGAAAGGGCGCGAUCGCGCGCGCUCCAGCAGGAGCUCGACCGGACGCGUGCCAGAUUGCGACAAAUCGGCGCAACCGCCGCGGCCGUCACCGCAGUGUCGCCGGCCGCCGGCCCGACGCCGCCGCCCGUGUUCGCGCCGGCGCUCGCGGAUUCGGGCCUCGUCGUUUCAAACCCGGCGGCGGCCGCCGAAGCGCCGCCGGCGCCGCCCCCACGCCGGUCAAAGCGUGCCGCUGCCGCUCAGAGCCCGGCGGCGCCCAAGAAGCGUCGCUGA